AUGACUGCUCGAAAUAUGGAUCCAGGCAGUCGCAGAAGCCUAAUCAACACCAUCAACAAGGUGGCAAGAUAUCGCGAGAUAGCCCAAAGAACACUUUGCUCCGACACCUGGGAACUCAUACCUGUCAAUCUGCCGAUAGCGGCAUUCAGUCGACCUUCAGAAGCCCUUGCCAUGCCAAGUUUGAGAGAUACUUUCGUCCGAGCCAAUCCACUAUGUCGGGAAGCCGAUGUCAAACAUAUGCGUCGCCUGAUCAAUAGACCAGACUACGACGUGAACGCGCAGUUCGCAAGCCAAGUCACCAAUACCCUUACACAAUCGAAGAUCCACGCCGAAAUCCAACUUUCCUACCACACCGAGAUGAACCCCUCAAGGCUCCCGCCACGCAUCGUGGCGUCACACAAAGACGCAUGUUUCCUCUGCAAUACCUUCUUAGCCAUGCACGAAGGCCGGGAAUGGCUUGUCGGCGAGAGGACUGUGCUAGCUGUGGAGACUACCAUUCCUGCACCUGUAUCCGAAGGAGAGCUUGGAGACACAAACGACGAAGAAUCCGGAUGCUCGAAUACUUCGUCUGGAGAAGAUACAAUGGAGCAUAAGGUGAGCAAACUGUCCGGUGCGACAAUUGAAAGCGAAACAGCAGUAAUCGGUGGAGAGAACGUGGCUGCUACCGUUGAUACCCUUCAACGCAGCCCCUCCACAAUCACAUCGAACUCUGACGCGGGCAGCGAAGUAGAGAUGAUGCAAGGACAUCCAAUCAGCAUGAACAGAGAACAUGCUAUUGUAAAGGCUGGAAAGCUCCACAUGCAUGUGGAACACCCAACCCAAUCUACGAAUGUGCAUCAUAUCCAGACCAGCGAGCAUCCUACCCAUGUGCUCGAAUGGCUCGAUGAAUCUGGGACGAAGAGGCUGGACGCGAUAAAAAAGCUUGAGAUAGUUGAUAUCGAGCAUUUGAAAGAGGAGAGAACAUACAACAUCAUCGAUCAGGGCUAUUUGCUUAUCGUUGCUAAAAACGUAGUUGUUCGGCUUGCACUACAGAAUGAAAAGUUAUGA